GGCAACUCUGUUUAAUCCAUGUGGGAAACACUGUGACUGUCACUCGUCCCAUUUCGUUUUUGACCAGCACGUUAACUGGUUCAGCGCUGCUCAAAAUAAAAAGAUUUGACUAUCUCGACCAGAAAAUUGCUAAAAAAUGGCUGCUGCUCCCAAGGACAUUGAGAAGCCCCAUGGCGGCGAUUCUGCAUCCGUGCACCGCAUCCGCAUCACUCUGACUUCCAGGAACGUUCGCUCCUUGGAGAAUGUGUGCCGCGAUUUGAUCAACGGUGCUAAGAAUCAGAACCUGCGUGUCAAGGGCCCAGUGCGCAUGCCAACCAAGACCCUACGCAUCACCACCCGUAAGACUCCUUGCGGUGAGGGUUCCAAGACCUGGGAUCGUUUCCAGAUGAGAAUCCACAAGCGCAUCAUUGAUUUGCACUCUCCAUCUGAGAUCGUCAAGAAGAUCACCUCGAUCAACAUUGAGCCCGGAGUAGAGGUUGAGGUUACCAUUGCCAACUAGAUUCAAUUCGUCGGAGGAAACUUCUCAACAUGCUGCUGAAAAGUUUGCAUUUGAAUAAAACCAUGAAGUUUUUAUAAAUAUUA